AUACCUGGUAACCCGGGGAGCCACUCACAGCGACACACCACUACACAUCUAAAGGAGGAGGAAGAGAUGGCCACCCAAAAUAACUUCUCCGCUGUCAGUCUGGCGUUUCUGCUCGUGUUCGCGUUGACUGCUUCGUUAGUCCCGGUCGAUGCUUCUCCUGAUCGGACCAAGACGGUGGAGUUCAACGUUAAACCGGGAGGAGUGGUGCAUACUUUCACCGAGGCGAUUAGGGAGUAUGAAUGCUCAUUCACUUAUGCUUCACAAGGGGGAACCAACGAGCAAUGGCUGAUGAGCGUGGGUCUGAGUGACGACGACAGGCUGUUUUCCUGCUCUGUGUGGAGGCCUCAGGGGAAGUCCUACCUGUUUUUCACUCAGUUCAAAGCUGAACUAAAGGGAACCAAAAUUGAAUAUGCCAACGCAUAUUCUCAGACAGCGGGCGCAGGACAGAGUGACGUGCCUUUGAAGCCGGAGGAAUUUAUCGUAGGAGACUCAACAGUGACCCACAGAGAUGGAAAGUUCAGUGCUCAACUCUCCAAACUGACCGCCAUUGGACGGACACGACAUGACGAGCUGUAAUUGGUCAGAAGUGUGACUUGGCUCUGGUCAUGUUCUGAGCUCUGAGACCGGCCUCUGUGUUUCAGCUCGGUCGUCAAUGAAGGAUGGAUUAGUGGGAGUUAAAAUUAAAGUAGGAUGAUACUGAUAUUGUUGGUACAUUAAUUACCUGGUGUGUUUAUACAACGGAUUUGAAAUGCUGCUCGAGACAACAACAAAAAAAAUACAGCGAGUGUUUAUAUUUUUUACUACAUAAUGUCCCAGUUAAAAAUCUGCCAUAAGAUAAAGUGCUUCCAUAGUUGUUUCUUAGAGUCUAAGGCUGAGAGAUCUGCUGAGAGCAAAUCUGUCCUGAUCCACUGGGGACGUAUGUGAAUGUAUAGAGGAUUGGUGUCUGGGGGCUUGUUGAGUAUAGAUAACACAUUUAGAGUAGGGAGAGAUUUAUCCAUCUCGUGUAAUCCUGAGAGAAAAGUGAAUAAUCUCCAAUAGCGUCAUCGCGCGCACACAUAAACAAUUACAUUUUCCCCAGUCCUGUUCUGUUCUGGGCUGAGCUCCUCGCUCUCUGUCUGUUGGUAUUCAUCUGUUCUAGAUAACUGUAAGCACUCAUUUUAUCCCCUAAAUCACCCAUUGGUACCUCUUGUGAUCUUUUUUUUUUGUUUUGUUGUGUUUCGGUUUUUGCCAGAAGGGAUACUUGUAAUAGAGCAGAUAGCAGCUUCGUAAGAGAAAGAUAUGCAUUUUGGGAUAAAUCUCAAACAGUGUCCUUGUGAAUUCAUUGUGGAGAAAAUGUGAUAUAGGUAUAAAUGAUUAUUAUCUUAUUUGAAAUUACCUUUAUCGUGGUCAUUUUAAUUAGACACCUGCAGCAGAAUGAUAUUUCAGUGAGUUCACUGUUACACUGUUUCAGGUUUAACCCAAAAAACCUCAAAUAUAAGUUGUGCACAGACAUUUGGAUCAUAGUAUAUAUGGCAAAGAGCUGCCCUCACAUAUUCCUGAGCCCCUCUUGAACCUUCUGCUUUCAUCCUCCAGUGGCACGUGUGUGGAUCAGCCAGAGCAUUGUGCACGUUUCAGAAGUACAUGCUCCUUUAUAUAGCAACAAGGACCCCCUUUAUCUCCCCUACAUUGAUCCAAUCUUAGAUCCACACAAGUGUCCAUGAGAUGGAUUCAGGAGGGGAUUGAUUUCAGAUUCAAGGAUUGUGCUGAUUUGGUUCUGUGGUCGGAUUACUCACUGAGAUCCAUAGCUUGUUUGGAUCCUCUCAUCUGUCCGGAGGUGAUCCUCUGGAGUGGAGGAAACAGCUGGGGGGGACGUUUGUGUGUCCCUUUGUCACCGUCGAGGCUCCCUCUGGGGUCACAACAGGAAGUAACCAGAUGCUAAAAGAAAAGCAGCACACACAAUGUUACUUAUUUUGUACAUGUUUUCUUUUUUUCUACUUCUUGAUUGUUCUGAUUCAUGAUGAAAUGUGAUGGAUGUUUGAAUAAAGACAUGUUGUCACUGCUCUGGAGAUAA